AUGAAGUACUCUAUUGCUCUCUCCGGCCUCAUCGCCACGGCUCUGGCCAUUCCGUCCACUGGCGUGACUCCCAACACGCGUGCCAACUUCCCGAUCCCCGCUUCCAAGGGCUCUGUGACCUAUACCAAGCCCCAGACCAUCUCGGGCACGUUUGACGGCGGCCUCAAGACGUACGGCCGGGGCGUCAGCUGCACGGGACAGGCCGAGGGCGGAAACUCGGAUGCAGUCUUCAUUCUCGAGGACGGCGCAACGCUGAAGAACGCCAUCAUCGGAGCGGACCAGAUCGAGGGUGUCCACUGUCUCGGCUCGUGCACGAUCAACAACGUCUGGUGGAAGGCCGUCUGUGAGGACGCGCUCACGCUCAAGGGCGACGGCAAUGCCAACGUCAUCGGCGGCGGAGCGACGGGCGCUGAGGACAAGGUGAUCCAGCACAACGGCCUCGGCACCGUCACCAUCGACGGCUUCACUGUCGUCGACUUUGGCAAGCUCUACCGCGCGUGCGGCAACUGCAAGACCAUGGGCGAGCGCAACGUCAUCGUCAAGAACGUCAAGGCUUACAGCGGAAAGAAGCUCGUCGGCAUCAACUCAAACAAGGGAGAUGUCGCCACUAUCACCAACACCUGCGCCACGUCGGUCAAGGAGAUCUGCGCCGAGUAUGAGGGCACCACUCCCGGCAACGAGCCCAAGGAGAUCAGUACUGGCAUCAGCUCCCACUGCAAGUACACCUCGGUCCCGGCUUGCUAA